AUGCUGAGGCAGACGAUGUCGCCCACCACGACGUCGGAGAUGGAGACCUCCCGCCGCCGGCCGUCCCGGACGACGCUGACCCGGAUGUUGCUGCCACACUCCUCGGAAAGCCUGAAGAAGCGCCGCGCCUGCCGGAAGUUGCUGCAGGCGGAGACGAGGACGACCAGGAAGACGGCCAGGAAGAUGCUCGCGCCGUCGUACCAGCCUUCCCUCACGCCGUGCUCCUUGAUGCCGAACCCUAAUGAGAGAGCGGCGCAGGCCAGGAGGAUGAGGAGCAUGGUGUCCCUCAGGGCUUCCCAGGCGAAGGACAGGAAGCUCCUCGCCGGCGGCCUCUCGUAGACAUUCGACCCGAACAGCCGGCGCCGGAGCCGAAGACCGGCGUCGUCGCCGUCAACACCGCCCUCCCAGUCCGCCGCCAGCGACGAGGUGACCCCUUCGACACCCCCGAGCUCCCGGAGGCCGUCGUGGCUCUUCCCCUUGACGACCUCCGUCAGUUGCUUCACAUCGACGAGCAAGAGCUUCCGCUCCAGAACCGCCUCGUCGGAGCUGCCCCCGCCCCCGCCGACGUCGACGUCGAGGGCAACGUGUUUUGUGCUCCGGCGGAGGGUCCCGGCCACUCCCUUCCCCGCGAGCGAGGCGAGAGCCCUGAGAGAAUAG